AUGGGCUUUGCAAAGCAUCUCCGCCAAAAAAGAAAUCAAAACAGGCCCGUACGCCAAGAGACAGCACUGGGCCAGCCAAUCAGCACGCACUUCAGCCUCUUGACUCCUGACCCGUUUCUGCGGGUUGGAAAUGUCGUGUACCGCCUGUCUUCCGCCUGGCGCUGGCUGCACACUUUUCGGCGCAGAGAAAGGCUCUCGUCAAAACAGAGGAUGUUAAUCUUGCCGCUGUUCUAUAUCGCUCCCCCGCCUGCCGAGCAGUAUAUUCCCGUUCGCGCUUUCCCUCGACUUUCGUUGUCAAACUAUAUCCUCGUCGACCACCGCCCUACGUUAAAACAGUCCGGUUUCAGAUACCGGGCUCAGUCAGUCUCGAAGUUUUCAAACGCAACUCCAGAUUCUACCGGUUUCUCCCACGGGGCAUACUCCGGUAAUCUGUCUUUCGCGGACCGUAAUUCUCGUCGAGCCAACAUUCCUGCUAUCAAUACAAGCGCAACUGGUCCAACUUCCGGUGAUAUCACAAGUGCCAACAACGCUUUUGAUAUGAAUUUCGCGCCGCUUCUUCCUUCACAACUGCUCUUAGGCAGCCCCUUCCAGACAGGCACCCCUUCAUUUGCAUCUCCACAAUUCCAGAGCUUCCAAGGGUUCUCCCAGGUCAAUGGCAGUUCGCACGGACAGAACUCGCAGAACCAGCUCAAUAGUCCAACGCAACCCCAACACAACCCGCUGUCGCCCCAGCUCUACCAGAAUCUCGUUUCACCUGAUGGAAUGGGUGGUUCUCAGUUGCUAGGAGGGCCUCAAUCACCUGUUGGUGGGUUUCCUGGAUUUGCUAAUGCUUUUGGAACCGCGAACCCAUCGCUCCAGCCUGGGAUCUUGUCCGGCACAAGCCGUACUGUGUACCUAGGAAAUCUCCCGGCAGAGACGACUGCAGAAGAGAUCCUGGGCCACGUUCGGAGUGGUCAAAUUGAAUCAGUUCGAUUGCUCCCAGAUAAGAAUUGUGCCUUCAUCUCCUUUUUGGAUAGCAGCUCCGCAACCCAUUUUCACUCAGAUGCGAUCCUGAAAAAGCUCUCGAUAAAGGGAAACGACAUCAAAAUUGGAUGGGGCAAACCUUCUCAAGUCCCAACUUCCGUAGCCCUUGCAGUCCAACAGUCCGGAGCGUCGAGAAACGUUUACUUGGGUAACCUUGCUGAGGAUGUUACAGAAGCCGAACUUCGCGAAGAGCUUGGUAAAUUUGGUCCCAUUGAUACUAUAAAAAUUGUGCGCGAAAAGUCGAUUGGAUUCGUUCAUUUUCUUUCUAUUAGUAAUGCCAUCAAGGCCGUGAAUCAACUUCCCCAGGAACCGAACUGGCAGCCUCCAAAGCGUGUUUAUUAUGGGAAAGAUAGAUGCGCCUACGUUUCAAAGACCCAGCAACAAAAUGCUGCUCAGUACCUGGGAAUUGCUCCCGGUUAUGCACAUAUGUUGAAUUCCGCGGAUAGAGACCUGAUUUCGAAUGCCCUAGCCCAGCAGUCGGUCGCUGCAGCUGCAGUUGCAACUGCUGCAGGCGGUGUGAACAAUCUUGGAAACCGAACUGUUUACCUUGGAAAUAUCCACCCAGAGACAACUAUCGAAGAGAUUUGCAAUGUUGUUCGCGGAGGCCUGCUGCAUCAUAUCAGAUAUAUUCCAGACAAGCACAUCUGCUUCGUCACCUUUAUUGACCCGACAUCCGCCGCUUCAUUUUAUGCGCUUAGUAACCUGCAGGGCCUAAUGAUUCAUAAUAGACGGCUAAAGAUCGGCUGGGGAAAGCAUUCAGGUGCCUUACCACCAGCGAUUGCCCUGGCUGUAAGCGGUGGUGCUUCUCGAAAUGUUUACAUUGGCAACCUGGAUGAGAGUUGGACUGAAGACCGACUGCGACAAGAUUUCUCUGCUUAUGGUGAAAUUGAACUUGUAAACACCCUCAGGGAAAAGAGUUGCGCGUUUGUUAACUUCACCAACAUUGCCAAUGCAAUCAAGGCAAUUGAGGGAAUGCGUGGUCGUGAGGAGUAUAAGCGGUUCAAAAUCAACUUUGGCAAAGAUCGGUGCGGUAAUCCUCCCCGUCAACUGAAUAACGGCCACCAGGCCCGAGCGGGUGCAGAUGGAAACAACACCAUGAUUAAUGGGGCCCUCCACGCUUCAUUCAACCAAGGAGCGCAGCAAUCUAGCCCCACAGGGCCAGCACUAUCUCCCGCUCCCGGCUCUACAGGCUCACAGGGGCCAAAUGGACACCAAACUCGACACCCGUUGCAGGCAAUCCCAACGCCGUCAUCUAUCCUUAAUACUGGCGCCAGCAAUCCUCUGACAAUGUACCUCAACCAUGUUUCGCAGCAGCAAGCUCAGGAACAAGAGAAUCGAAUAAACGGCUCCAUGGGUUUGGGCUCCUUUCAGCAACAGCAACAACAGUCACACCAACAGCAAAAUUAUGCCCACCAACAGCCUGGUCUUUACAAUGGCACUAGAGCCAGUGACAGCCCCAACUCGCUGGAAAACUCCCUUCAUCAACAAAAGCCAUCCACCCAUGGCCUCUUGAGCGCCACCAAUGCUACAAACUCUGGGCACCUUGCUUCCAGUGGUAGCACGUUGAGUGUUCCUCGUGCCCAGCAUUCUCGAGCCGUGAGCCUUCCUUCCUUCUCUCAAGAGCCAUUCGGACAAAAUCAUAGCCUGGCAACGCGCUCAGGCAUGACACAUCAACCGCAGGGAAGUUUCUCCAGCUUCGGUGGCGGUUUAGGUGGCCUUAACCACAGCGGUUUUGGACUCUCUAUUUCCAACGAAAAUUCGCUCCCAGGAUGGGCCGAAGAGGAGAUUAGAGCAAAAUAA